AUGUCCUUACCUUCCGUUCCUGAUUGGCUUGCCAAAUGGGGGUCCGAGCAACUGGAAACUAAACCUCAUCGUAUGAGCAAAGACGAGCUUCUCGCCAUACUUAAGAGUGCACCUGAGACCGUCACAGUGGUCGAUUUGCGGAACGACAGAGAAAGAGGCUAUAUCACCAAGGCCGUGCAUAUUCCGGCUACUGUGAUCGAAGGUCCCACGGAUAUCCAGAACAAGCUUGUGGGCCCCGUCUUGGCCCAGUUCCCACAAACUAAGAAAAUCGUGGUCCACUGCAAUCUGUCGGCCAAGCGGGCAGGUCUCAUCGGCGCCUGGGGCAAAGACCACGUGGCUGCAAACGGCCCGCAAGAUGUGGAUGUGCAGAUCUUGCAUGAGGGAAUUGUCGGAUGGUUGGCAGCGGGCGACGACUUCAAGGACGAGACAACCUUGGUUUAG